AUGGCGGAUGACAAUAGCCAUCCAUUCAAUCGUGACGUUAUUGAUAAUGAUACAAUAGUUCAAAUUCAAAAGCAAUUAUCAUUACAAAAACAACCAAAUAUUGAAAGAGAUCAUGAACAAAGAGAUAUCGUUGAUAUUCUAUUUUUAAAUAAUAGAAAUAGUCUUUUUUCAAGUUCAAGUGAUUCAUCUUUUGAUACAACGUUACAUUCAGUAUCGGAUGAUGAUUUUAAUCGUCUUAAAUAUUUUUUACGUUCAAUAAUAUGGCCUAUCAAUCAUCAUAUACGUCGGCAAUUAUGGAUAAAUGUAUUAAAAUUAAAUCGAAUCAGUUCAUCAAACCAAAAUUAUCAUACAGGUCAUACAUUACAAACGGCUUUAACAACAACAUCUAUGAUUAUCGAUAAUAAUUUAAAUUCUCUAUCAUCAAAAUAUAAUCAAUGGCCAAAUUUUGUUGAUACAACUAAUUUAUGUUUCUAUUAUUUAACUGAACAAACAGGUCAUUCUCUUUUAUAUAGUAUUCUUUUAACAUUUGCUUCACAUCAUCCAGAUAUAACAUUCUGUCCCACAUUAGAACCAUUUGCAGCGUUACUUUUACAUUAUCAUAAUGAAUAUGAAGUUUUAUAUUUACUUCAUCGUUUAUUAAUUAAAAAUUGGUUAUGUGGUGAAACACGUUUACAAUGGGAAGCUUAUUCUAAUGUUUUUAGAAAAUUACUAAAACACUAUUUUAAAUCAUCAGUUGAUAUUAUUGAUUUACGCUACAAAAAUACACAAGGCUUCUAUAAAGGAUGGUUUUGGUGGAUUUUUCGUUAUUUACCAUUUUCUUAUCUCAUUGCAUUUCAUAUUCGUAAUUUGAAACGACGUACAAUUGAGCAAUUAAUUGAACAUGAAGAAAAACUUUUACAUAAUACUCGUCACCAAUCACUAUCUGAUGGUGUCAAUCAAAAUAAUAAUACUAAUAAUGGAAUUACACCUGAUCGACAAUCAUCAUUUAUUACGAUUCACCAUCUGCCGCAAAUACCACAAAAAUCCGUACUCGAUCAUCAACAAUUUCUUACAUUAUGGAAUUGGUUACCUACCCGUCUUAGUCUAUCUCAACCAUUUUUAGUUUUUUCAACUGCAGAAGAUGGAUUUCGCUUACAAACAUUACUCGAUAAAAUUGAUGAACUUGAACAUUCAAUUUUAAUAAUAAAAACUACGACUGGUGAGAUAUUUGGUGCAUUUUGUGCUGGUCUUUGGUCUAAUCGUCAUAAUAGAACAUAUUUCGGCUGUGGUGAAUCUUUUUUAUUUACACUUAUACCAAAACAAAUUAAAUAUUCUUGGGCAGGACAACAACAUUAUGAUAAUAAUCGUCAAAGUCAAUUAAAACGUGACAUGUUUUUAUUUGUUGACAAUGAAAAGUUAAUUAUUGGUGGAGGAAAUGGUGAUGGUUUAUGUAUUGAUCAAUCAUUAUGUGAAGGUCGUACAGCUCAUUGUGAAACAUUCAAUAAUGAACCACUUUGUUCUGAGCCAUACUUUUUCAUCUCAGUUUUAGAAAUGAUUGCAAUUGAUCUUUCUUCAACUUAA